AUGGCUGAGAUUGAGAGACUCUGUGCCAAUCCUGUCCCGAUGGAUUCAGCAGAGGCAGAGCACAUCCAAAAUAUUCUUCUCUUUCUUUGGCUUUCUGAGGACCUCUCAAAGCAUUUAGAUUCCUUUAAACAGAUUUUUUCUUCCUCUCAAUCAAGUGACGACCUACAACUUCUUCUCAAGCCUAUCCUUUCAGUGGGAGUGCACGAAGCUGAUGUUUUCAGGUUCAGGAGCAUGGAUUUCCUUCUUAUAACUAACUUUGAUGCUAUCUUAACUGAAACUGAGAAGGAGAUCAAUGUAGGAGAUCUCAUAGAAGAAUUAGGUUAUGGAUCCACCGCUGAUGCUUCAUUCGUACGUACGCUGGUCAUGAAGAUAACGACAACACCUUCUCAACAUUCAGAUUGUCCCUUGGUUGCUAUACCCCAAUUGAACUUCCCACCUAAGGUCAUGGAAUGUAUCCUUUUUGAAAUAAUCAAGCAGCUUGCUCCUGGCGCAAGCUUGGUGAAAGUCAUUGAGAAUAUGGAUCAUGAAGGAUUUGAUAUCCCUAACAUGGACGCUUUCUCGUUUUUCAUGAUGGUAGUGAGAAAUAUCUGCAAGGACCCAUUUCCGCUUCAUGCCAUUUGCUCUUUUGUCUGGAAAAAUAUGGAGGGUCAAUUAUCUUUUCUUAAGCAUGCAGUUUUAGCACCGCCAGAACUAUUCACCUUUGUGCAUUCUGGGAGGAAGCUGGCGUAUAUUGAUAACAUGCACAGCCAUGAGCAAUUAGGACUUUCCAAUCAUGCAUGGCUGUCUCUUGAUCUCUUAGAUGUGCUAUGCCAACUGGCUGAGAGGGGGCUUACUGUUUCAGUUCGUUCAUUGCUCCAGUAUCCACUGGCCCAUUGUCCCAGAACCUUACUUUUUGGGAUGGCUCAUAUCAAAACUGCUUAUAAUGUCAUUCAGCGGGAAGUAGUCUCUGCUAUACUUCCCGGGAUGAUAAAGAAUACCCUGGAUAGUGGUUUUUUCCUUAAUCUCUGGCAGCUGAAUAGAGAGCUCGUUAUUUGGGGUCUUUUAGAUGCCCAAAAUCUUGGACCAGACAGCAUGUUCAGAAUAAUCAAAAUCUGUCAUGAGCUUGAGAUUCUCUCUGCAGUUAUAGAAUCAGUUCCACUGUCAUUUGGCAUCAGAUUGGCAAUCCUUGCCUCACACAAAGGGUUUUUGGAGAUUGAGAAAUGGUUGUCAGACUGCCUUUUUUUGUACAAGGAUGUCUUCUUUGAGGAGUGCUUCAAGGUUAUCAAGGACGCUAAUUAUGGUGAAUCGAAGGAUAUUUCCUCUGAACAGCUCCAUUCUUCUGAUCCUAUAUCAAAUCUUUAUUUGGAUGCAACUUCUUUGUUUUUAAAAGUUUUGAAACCGCAUAUUAAUGUAAUUACAUCACCUAGACUGUUUGAAGAAAUAGAAAAGGUUCAUCCAGCAACUUUGGAUUGUAAUUCGAAGUUGCUGGAGGAUGAGACUGAAAAUUCAUCAGUUUCCAAUGCAUAUGCGGAUGAUGUCAAGGAAGAAGCAAAUUCUUAUUUCCAUAGAUUGUUUUCGGGUCAGUUGAGUGUUGAUGCGAUGGUUAAAAUGCUUUCACGAUACAAGGACUCUUCGAUUAAAAGGGAAACAUUAAUUUUUGAAUGCAUGAUUGCUAAUCUGUUCGAGGAAUAUAAGAUUCACCUCGACUAUCCUGAAAGACAGCUGAAAAUAGCUGCCAUCCUCUUUGAUGUUAGUGUCCUAGAAUUGAGUCACUCAGUCUUCUCUGCUAGUUUAACACUCAAGGAAGUGGUAUUUCAUAAUGAUACCCUGAUUAAGGAAGUUAAGAUCUGCAAAGGUUCUGUUAUCAAGCACCAGCUUAUAAGUUCACUCACUCUGAGGGUUGCCCUGCGUGCAGUCCUGGAUUCGUUGCGUAAGCCUUCAGAUUCAAAAAUGUAUUUGUUUGGAACAAUAGCUUUGGAACAAUUUGUGAAUAGUAUCGAAUUGCGUCAGUAUUGCAGCCAUAUCUUGUUAAUAUCUCAUCUGCGUAGCACGCACCCAGAGCUAGUUGCCGUCGUUGAGCAAACACUUUCAAGAAUAUCAUCUGGUCAAUUAGAAUCAGACGAUUCUGUUCCUCAGCCUGGCCCCUCUCAGUUUUUCCCUGGAAGUGGCGAGGGGUUUGGUUUGAACAUAGACACCCUGGUUGCUGCAGCAGGGAGAAAGGAGAGUCUAAUAGAGGCUCCACCUUCAGAAGUUCAGGACAAAAUUUCUUUCAUAAUAAAUAAUGUCUCAGCAACAAAUAUUGACUCUAAAGGGAAAGAAUUUACUGAAAUUUUGUCUACUCAGUACUAUCCUUGGUUUGCACAGUAUAUGGUCAUGAAAAGAGCGAGUAUCGAGGGGAAGUUUCAUGACUUGUACUUGAAGUUCUUGGCCAAAGUUAAUUCUCAGCUACUGUACAAGGAGAUAAUCCAAGCUACCUAUGAAAACUGCAAGGUGCUUUUAGGUUCAGAGCUCAUAAAGUCUAGUUCAGAAGAGCGGUCCUUGCUUAAAAACUUAGGCAGCUGGCUUGGGAAGCUGACCAUUGGGCGAGAUCACGUAUUAAAGGCUCGUGAAAUAGAUCUGAAAUCUCUGAUAAUUGAUGCAUAUGAAAAGGGGCUGUUGAUUGCCAUCAUUCCGUUCACUUCAAAGGUUUUGGAACCAUGCCAAAGAAGUAUUGCAUAUCAACCUCCGAAUCCAUGGACUAUGUGUAUACUAGGUUUGCUAUCAGAGGUUUAUUCAAUGCCAAACCUUAAAAUGAAUCUGAAGUUUGACAUAGAGAUUUUUUUUAAGAACCUUGGGGUUGACAUCAAAGAUGUAAAAGCAACUUCCCUUCUUGAGGACCGGAAGAGAGAAAUGGAGGGAAAUCCUGAUUUUAGGGACAAGGAUUUUGGAGUGGCACAAGGAUCUCAACCACCGAUGAUUGAUGAAUUUAAAUCUGAAAAUCUGUCUCAUAACCAACUAGAGCUGCCUAGCAAUGCAGCAGCAUUUCCCAACAUUGUAAAUCCUGUUAUUAUCAAUCAGAAGUUAAGCGCUUUCAGUAUGCAGGUUCCCUUUCAGAGGGUGGUGUCGCUUGCUAUGGAACGAGCUAUCAAGGAGAUUGCGUCUGGUUUUGUUCUACUGUGCGUUUAUAUCGCAUGCCAAACAACAAAGGAGCUUGUGUUGAAGGAUUAUGCCUUGGAACCAGAUGAGUCACGUAUAUAUAAUGCAGCUCGCUUGAUGGUUGCUAGCUUGGCUGGAAAUUUGGCUCAUGUGACAUGCAAGGAACCCUUGCACACUUCUAUACUGGUUCAUUUACAAAUUUCACUUCAGAGUUUACAUAUUUCGACUGAUUCCCUUGAAAAAGUUGUGCAACUUAUCACAAAUGACAACCUCGACCUGGCUUGUGCUGCCAUCAAAGAGGCGGCUACAGAGGAGGCAAUACAAGCUAUUGAUGCGGAUAUUGCUCAACAAUUGUUGUUACGAAAAAAGCAAAUAGAUGGUGUUGAAACCUCCGUUUAUGACUCUAUCAGUUUAAUACCUGAAUCCCCCAGGCCAAAACCUGGACGCCUAUCCCUGUCUCUGCAACAGGUAUCCAUGAUUUUUGCUGAAUGGUAUCAGAUCUGCGAACUGCCUGGGGAAAAUGAUUCCGCAUGUGUCAGCUUUGUCUUGCAUUUGCAUCAAAGUAGAUUUCUGAAGGGGGAUGCUAUUACAGAGAGUUUUUUCCGCAUUCUUACUGAACAUUCUGUUGUUCAUUGCACACCAACCGAGGAAAUUAAUUCUGGUGUGCCGGAAUCUUCUCAGCAAGUUCAGAAUUCACCAUAUGCUGUCAUCGAUAUCUAUGCCAAGCUUGUGUUUUCAAUAUUGAAUUAUUUCCCUCAGCAGGAGUCUAGCUGGAAGUCCUUGGUUCUUUCGAAGAUUAUGACUGCCACUGUGAGAUCUAUGUUUAAGGAUGCAGAUGAUAAAAAGACAUCACUUAAUCCAAGAGCAUAUUUCAGACUGUUUAUCAACUUUCUGCUGGACUUGUGUUCCUUGGACACUGUGACUGAUGGUGCAAACUGUCAGGUUCUCAUAUAUUUUGCAGAUGCAUUUCAUGCGCUGCAGCCUCUUAAAAUUCCUGCAUUCAGCUUUGCAUGGCUUGAACUGGUUAGCCACAGAAGCUUCAUGCCCAAACUACUUUCUCUAAAUGGUCAGAAGGGUUGGCCUUAUGUUCAACGCCUGCUGGUGGAUUUGCUUCAGUUUCUUGAGCCUUUUUUAAGAAAUGCUGAACUAAGAGGACCGGUUCAUUGUCUAUACAAAGGGACACUGAAACUCUUGCUGGUGCUGCUUCAUGACUACCCGGAGUUUCUCAGUGAUUAUCAUUUUACUUUCUGCGAUGUGAUUCCUGCAAGCUGCAUACAAAUGCGGAACAUCGUUCUCAGUUCUUUUCCGCGGAAUAUGAGGCUUCCAGAUCCGUCUACUCCAGACUUAAAGAUUGAUCUACUGCCUGAGAUAGUUGAAGCUCCCUGUAUCCUUUCUGAGGUUGAUGCUGCACUGAAAGAAAAGCAAAUGAAGGGCGAAUUGGAUGAGUAUCUUUCGAUGAUGCAACAUGAUUCUAGUUUCCUAAAUCAACUGAAGCAGAGGCUACUUUUGCCGACCAGUGAGGCUAAUUCAGCUGGCACUAGAUACAGUGUACCAUUGGUCAACUCACUUGUCCUCUAUGCUGGACUGCAGGCUAUUCAGCAGCUACAGGCAGGCGUGUCUGAGGCUCAGUGGAAUGCAAAUAUUGCCGCCUUGCAGAUGUUCAAGUUCUUAAGCGGGGAACUUGACACAGAAGGACGUUACAUCCUGCUUAAUGCAGUCGCUAAUCAGCUACGUUAUCCCAACAGCCACACACAUUACUUCUCCUACAUCAUGCUAUAUCUGUUUUCUGAAUCUGAUCAGGAAAUCAUUAAGGAGCAGAUAACAAGAGUGUUGCUAGAACGCCUAAUCGUGAACCGGCCGCAUCCAUGGGGGCUCCUCAUCACGCUCAUUGAGCUCAUCAAGAAUCCAAGAUAUGGGUUUUGGGAAUACGGGUUUGUAAGAUGUGCACCAGAAAUUGAGAAACUGUUUGAAUCGGUGGCCAGAUCCUGUGGUUGUCAGAAGCCGGUGGAUGAGGGUAUGGUCUCCACUCUCAUCCCUUGUACACAACAACUAGAUGUAUAUGUGUAA